GCACCGCACGGUCAUACUACACAGCCAUCGAUAGUUGCGGAAAACUCAUCGAUGCUGCGAAACUGCGAUAGUAUCGAAUAAACAUGAGAGUGUGCAUAAGUGUGGGAAUUUAUUAAACAAAAACGAAACGCGGACAAACUAUAUUUAUGUAAUAAACGCCAAGCCGCCAACGAGUAAUGAACAGCCCAUGGUCAGGUCGUACUAUACAGACGAACGCACCUCGCAAUCGACUGCAAUCAAAGUGCAAUAGCUCAAUCAAUUGAUUCGUUUUGCUCAACCAAAAACAAAAUCUAUUCCCAAAUCGGUGCGAUAGUUGCCAAAAUAUAAAAUCAACUAUACAAAAAAACAACAUACGCACACAGUGGCGUGCAAGACAACAAACGAUAAGAAGAAGAGCAGACGCCAGCUAUAAAAAAGGCCCGAAAAGAAUUGGAAAUAAGACCAUACCCCUCCAUUUCCCCUGAAAAGGGGCCUCAAAACUAAGUGAAUAAGUGAAUCCAAGUAAAAAACCGGGAAAAGUUUGAGGAAAACACUUUUCUAAUAAAAUAUCUAAAAGCCUUGUUAUCGAUUUUGUUCCGGGUUUUUUUUUUGUGUGUGUGUGUGUUGUGUGAAGCGCGCCCGCAGGUGUGUGGGUGUGUGCUGUCGGCGCGUUAUCAAAAACAACAACAAUUCGUUGCAAAAAAAAAAAAAAAUAAAGUACAGGAGGCGGAAAAAGAAGAGGAAUCUGUUGCAAGUCGCGCCAUCUCGCUCGCACCGCGGUCAAUCGCGGAUCGUGGUCGACUUAUCGAAUUAAUCGACCCGAACAAAUAAACCACCGUACAAGGAGUUACAUUAUUUCAAAUGAUUUCGCUGCUGCAAAUGAAAUUCCGUGCGCUUUUGUUGUUGCUAUCAAAAGUAUGGACAUGCAUUUGUUUCAUGUUCAAUCGCCAAGUGCGAGCUUUUAUCCAGUAUCAACCGGUUAAAUACGAACUCUUCCCGCUGUCACCCGUCUCGCGGCACCGCCUGAGCCUGGUGCAGCGCAAGACCCUCGUUCUGGACCUGGACGAAACGCUGAUCCACUCCCAUCACAAUGCGAUGCCCCGGAAUACGGUGAAGCCGGGCACACCGCACGAUUUCACCGUCAAAGUGACCAUCGAUCGGAAUCCAGUGCGCUUUUUCGUACACAAGCGACCGCAUGUGGACUACUUUCUGGACGUGGUCUCGCAGUGGUACGAUCUGGUGGUCUUCACGGCCAGCAUGGAGAUUUACGGAGCGGCGGUGGCAGACAAGCUGGACAACGGACGGAAUAUCCUCCGGAGGCGAUACUACAGACAACACUGCACGCCCGACUACGGAUCUUACACCAAAGACCUGUCGGCCAUCUGCAGUGACCUAAAUAGGAUAUUCAUCAUCGACAAUUCGCCCGGCGCCUAUCGCUGUUUUCCCAACAACGCCAUACCCAUCAAGAGUUGGUUCUCAGACCCGAUGGACACGGCGCUGCUGUCGCUGCUGCCCAUGCUGGAUGCGCUGAGGUUCACGAACGACGUGAGAUCGGUGCUGUCGAGGAACUUGCACCUGCACCGCCUCUGGUAGCAGGUGGGCCGCCUGUCGCUAGUUUAGUCUAUCUAUUUAGAAGGAGCACUGAGGGCCAGCGAAGUGGGGAGGAUAUCUUCUGAAAUUAACAACAAACAAGGUGGUGCUGUGACACAUUAACGAAUUUGUUCAUUAUUAUUUACAAUUUGUACCAUUCAGUCAAAUGAGUCAAAUGAAUGAUGGGAGAUUUGUAAACGAUGGUUUUUUGUCCUUUUGUGUAUAGACUAACAGUUUUGUAACAAUCUAAUUAUGCAUGCAUAUUUGUCCAUAUAUGUAGAGACCAGCUAUUUUUAUUAGACAUAUUUUUUCGCUUGUUUUUUGCGUGUAUAUUUUGAUAUAAUAUCAAAUAGAAACUCUUGAACACAGACAGUAUAUAGUAUAAAGUAUAUAUAUACAGUAUACAGUAUAUGUAUGAAAGUAAAGCUGAGCAAAGGGCGAAGCCACAACAUAAAGAACAAAUUGGUCAAGUUAUAUAUAUCAUAUUAUUGUAAAUUAAAUCUAAGGCCACUUACAACAAGAGUCUUGUAAUUUCUAUACCAUGAUAACAUUUAACUAUUAUGACACUGAUGUUGUUUUUGUGCAGAUACGAACUAACAAGACGAAGCAAAAUACUUAUAUUUAUACAAAUUAGUUGAUUACGCAACUUAACUGGGACAUCAUUAUUAUGGAUAAUUAUUAAACCGAUCUAACCGAUUCUGUAUAGACUUACGUACGUUCUGCCCUUGUUUCCUGUACAAAACUAAACGGAUGAAAGAUCUUCAAGAGUUUCAUUGCUUGCAAACCAAACAUAACACUUUUCUAUGGAUAAGAUUUUUGUCUUUCGGGGAAGUUAUAUAUUUAUACAUAUAUAUAUAAAUAAAUUUACGACUAAGCAAAAACCAACAACUAUAAACUACUAUUAAAGUAAACAACAACCGAGGAGCAAGCAAGUAGGGCAAAAUUUAUAUUUUGUAAGGCGAGCCAAGUAGCGAAAAGAAUUAAAAAUCAAAUUAAUUCUGAUAGGAUCGGAUCAGAUCAGGUUAAUGAGCCGCAGACUGGGACAGAUAUAUAUAGGGAGUUUAGAGAGCCAAAUCACUAAUUAUACGAGAACCGAGUUAGUCUGAGAAUUGAGAAAUCGUGGCACAUCAUCCGAGGCAUCACAGGAUAUUCAGGAUAUUACGGACAGCAGCAGAGGAAUUAGGCGAGAGACAUAAAGAAACACGUGAAAACUGCUUCCAUAGUUAAUGUUAUUU